AUGUCUGUAACGGUUAAUGGAAGUGGUAACACAAGCAACGGCUAUGGUAACCAUGAUGAUGGUGCUGCUGACCUUGGCGAUGACCCAGUGGUGAUUGACAAUAGUGGUCAUGGGCAUCAAGACAGGGUGAAAAGGAAGGGUUGUGCAAGGCAGUUAUCUACUGUUCCCAAUGACAAAUAUUUAUGUCAGAAGGACUCCAAGACAUCAGAGUUAUGUACUUCUAGCUCAUUCCACUACUCAGCUGACCAGGGAAUAUGUUCUAUGGACUCCAGAAAUGAGAGCUCAUAUGCUCGUCAGUUGGAGUCAGAAUGGAAAGAACCCGAUCAGCAUCACAGAAAUGCUUGCACCUGUGCUGCAGACAGUGGUAAUGUUGAUGAUGGAGAGGAAAUGGAUGGGAAUGUUUCUCCAGACAGUGCAGACAUGGUAUUUAAUAGAAUUGAUCAAGACCCGUCGGACCCUGGUUGGGAGUUCAGGUCCACUUGUCCCGUAACGUCCUGGGGUCAUUUUUCAAAGAGUCGUAAAGAACAAUACAAAUACAGACGCAGUGACUAUUCAAGUGACAGUGAAGAUGACUCUUCUAAUAAGACAACUGUACAGCCUCUAUCUCCAUCAGAUGGAGAAAAUAUACAGCGAUCACACCUUCCAAUGUGCGACCUCACUCUUAGUCCACUCCUCAACGUUUCGCAGAAAAAGAAGGAAGUUAUCCCAAAUGGUAGCUCCAGACUUAGUUGUAGAAAUAAAGAUGGAGUGAAACCUGCUGUUUUUAAAGAGAAAAUUGCGACUAUACUUAGAUGGUUCAAUGACUGCAGUGAUUCGCAAAAGAACAUGAUUAUAAAGGGAAUGCUGAGGGACUGUGAUCUUCCCCAGCUACACCUGUUGUCUGUGAAAAUGGGCCCCAAUCUUCAUCGGGGUUGUCCUCCCAACUGCCAAGACAUCAUUACUUGGCUUCCACCAGAUAUAGCCAGUAAAAUUAUGUCUUUCCUUGAUCCAGUGAGUUUGUGCCAUGCUGCUCAGGUAUGUAAGGUGUGGCGACAUGUUGCAGAGGAAGCCUCUUUUUGGCGGAAGUUCUGUUGUCAACCAAAAUGGCGACUGUCUAAAGCUGCUGAACACCAGCAGGUUAUUAGUCAUAUGUCAUCAGAAGGAAGCAUCAUGUGGAAGAAAGUUUUUGCUGAGCGCUUCCGUUUACGUAACAAUUGGCUAAGUGGCAGAUGUACAGUGAGGACAUUUGAAGGUCAUUCUCAAGGUAUAUCAUGUGUACAGUUUGACGAUACUCGCAUAGUUAGUGGGUCCUCAGACAAGACAAUCAAGGUUUGGAACAUUCGUACAAAUGCUCCAUGGUCAGUCCAAACUCUGGUAGGACACAGUGGGACAGUACGGUGUCUACACCUGGAAGGGAAACGACUUGUUAGUGGCUCCACAGACAAGUCAAUCAAGGUUUGGGACUUGUCUACUCAGGAGAGCUGGUCAAGUAUUGCUUGCAAAGUUACCAUGGUUGGACACACAGACACAGUCAGGUGUUUGCAGGUGGACGAUGACAAAGUGAUCAGUGGGUCAUACGACACAACGCUCAAGGUGUGGGAUCUACGCACAGGUCACUGUAGGAUGACCCUCAGGGGACACUUAGCCGCAGUUUUGUGUGUCCACUUCAGUGACACCAAAAUAGUGUCUGGAUCAUGUGACAAAGCCAUCAAGGUGUGGAACUACUUUGGGGACUGUGUGCGUACACUGACAGGUCACCAGGAUGCUGUUACUUGUCUACAGUUUGACACAACACGCAUUGUGAGUGGAUCUCUUGACUGUAACCUCAAGUUCUGGGAUAUACACAGUGGAGAGUGUAUGAAUACCAUUGACUGGAAGGCAGCUGAAGGUCACACAGGGGUUGUAAGGUGCCUACAAGCAGACAGUUGGCGACUUGUUAGUGCUGCUGAUGACAAAACCAUCAAGGUAUGGAAUCUGGAGACAGGGAAGCGACUGGUUACACUUCGGAAUCACACAGAUGGUGUUACUUGUCUACAAUUUAAUGACUUCAUCAUUGUGUCAGGAUCCUAUGAUAAAACUGUCAAACUCUGGGAUUUUAGCUGCUGUUGA